GGGCUAGUGAUCUGUAUACACUCCGGUCCCCAGAGACACCCCCUCCCCGGAGACAUCCCUCUGAAGCCUUGGGUGCUGCAAACCCAGCCUGAUGCAGGCAGCCUGGCUCCUGGGGGCCCUGGUGGUCCCCCAGCUCCUGGGCUUAAGCCACGCUGCCCGGGGAGCUGAGAGGGAGUGGGAGGGGGGCUGGGGAGGUGCCCAGGAGGAGGAGCGGGAGAGAGAGGCCUUGAUGCUGAAGCAUUUACAGGAGGCCCUGGGGCUGCCUGCUGUGAGGGGCGACGGAAAUCUCGAGGGAACCCUUGAAGACAAAGGGGCCUGGGGGACUGAGGAGGAUGGUCAGGGAGAGGGAGAGGAAGAGGAGGAGGAAGCAACGCCAACCCCCUCCUCCGGCCCCAGCCCCUCUCCCACCCCUGAGGACACUGUCACUUAUAUCCUGGGUCGCCUGGCCGGCUUGGACGCAGGCCUGCACCAGCUGCACGUCCGUCUGCACGUGCUGGACACCCGCGUGGUCGAGCUGACGCGGGGGCUGCGGCAGCUGCGGGAGGCGGCCGGCGACACCCGCGACGCCGUGCAAGCCCUGCAGGAGGCGCAGAGCCGCGCCGACCGCGAGCAUGGCCGCUUGGAGGGCUGCCUGAAGGGGCUGCGCCUCGGCCACAAGUGCUUCCUGCUCUCGCGCGACUUCGAGGCGCAGGCGGCGGCGCAGGCGCGGUGCGCGGCGCGGGGCGGGAGCCUGGCUCAGCCGGCCGACCGCCAGCAGAUGGAGGCGCUCACCCGCUACCUACGCGCGGCGCUGGCUCCCUACAACUGGCCCGUGUGGCUGGGCGUGCACGACCGGCGCGCCGAGGGCCUCUACCUCUUCGAGAACGGCCAGCGCGUAUCCUUCUUCGCCUGGCACCGCGCGCCCCACCCCGAGCCCGGCACCGAGCCCAGCGCCGCGCCGCACCCGCUCAGCCCCAACCAGCCCAACGGCGGCGCGCUCGAGAACUGCGUGGCGCAGGCUUCGGACGAUGGCUCCUGGUGGGACCACGACUGCGAGCGGCGCCUCUACUACGUCUGCGAGUUCCCCUUCUAGCGGGGCCGGUCCCCCGUCUUUCCACUCCAUGCCACCGCCACCCGCCCUUGGCCGGGGCUGCGCGCUCCGCGAGCUCCGCGAAAACGCUCUUUCCUUCCUCCCUCUCUGCCUGGGAGAUAGAUCCCGGGCGGUGGUGGCUCCUGCGGGGCCGGACCCCUCCCUUGCCUUGUUGUUCCUGGGAGCGGCAAACACCAGGCUAGGUCGGUCCGGCGACAAUAAAGCCUUGUGGAAUCUGACUUGA